GUCGUGGCGCAGGGCUAAAGCAAAAAAUCAUGUCCUUGAUCUAUUGCAGUGGCCCACCAAAAAAAUCACUUCAUCUAUUUUAAGGUGGGGCCAAGACAGCAAAUCAAAGGCUUAGGGAAUCGAACUCUAUAGACUGUACUGUACUGGUGUACUUAAGCGCAUGCCAUAUAUAACGACUAACAACUUUCACACUUGACAGUUCACACACGCUCGCUCCCUCACGCACCGCACCAAUGGCGGAACCAAACCUGAAUUCUUCCAUCGACCCAAACAGCGGUUUUUGCUCAGAAACUAACACCUUCUUUAGCCUCCGGCCGCCUGUGCCCCUCCCUCCGGCAAAUUUACCUCUCUCCGUUUUCCAUUACGUCUUCUCUCUCCUCCGAACCUCUUCUUCCCUUGAAACCAUCGCAUUAAUCGAUUCCACCACCGGACACCGUCUUCCCUACUCCGAAUUCAUCCGCCAGACUCAAAACUUAGCUACUUCUCUGCAAACCCUAAUCGGCCUCUCCAAGGGCGACACGGCUUUCGUACUUUCACCUGCCUGUCUUCAAAUCCCAAUCCUUUACUUCUCUCUCUUCUCCAUUGGCGUAGUCAUCUCUCCCGCAAAUCCAACCGGCACAAUCCCUGAAAUCUCCCGCCAAAUCGAGCUAUGCAAACCGGUUAUCGCAUUCGCCACCUCCGAAAUGGCUGACAAGCUCCCAUCUCUCCGCCACCAAACCAUCCUCCUCGACUCUCCCGAAUUCCAGGCAAUGAUGACGACGAAGCUUGGGUACCGAUUCGCCCCGGUCGAGGUGGCUCAGUCAGAGCCGGCGACGAUCCUUUACUCGUCUGGGACUACUGGCUCAGUCAAGGGCGUGGUGUUGACUCACCGGAAUUGGAUAUCCAUGGUGGCCGGGAUUUAUGCAUUCCUGCCAAAGAGGGCGUCUCCUGCGGUAGUGCUUUCAAUGUCACCGUAUUUUCACGUUUACGGGUUUCUUCACUGUGUGAAGUCGGUUGCAGUCGGAGAGAGCGUAGUGUUGAUGAAACAGUUUAAUGUGCGGAGGAUGACGACGGUGGUGGAGGAGUUUAAGGUCACGCAUAUCGCGGUGGCCCCACCGGUGGUGGUUGCCAUGGUGAAAGAUGAGGUUGCGAUGAGAGGCCGUGAUUUGAGCUCUUUGGAGGUAGUGUUCUGCGGCGGCGCUCCGCUGGCGAAAGAAGUAGCGCUGAAACUAAAGGAACGGCUUUCCAAAGUGCUGCUUGCGCAGGCAUAUGGAUUGACUGAAUCGACUGGUGGAGUCUUCCGAACAGUGAAUUUGGAAGAAAACUGUCCAAUAGGCUCUGCAGGACGGCUAGCAACAAACUAUGAAGCCAAGAUCGUUGAUCCUCAAACAGGCAUUGCUUUGCCACCAUAUAUGCAAGGGGAGCUUUGGAUUAGGGGGCCAACAAUCAUGAAGGGUUACAUUGGUGACAAUAAAGCGACCGCUGCAACUGUGGAUCCAGAUGGAUGGUUGAGAACUGGUGACCUUUGUUAUAUAGACAACAAUGGUUUCCUUUACAUUGUAGAUCGAUUAAAGGAAUUAAUUAAAUACAAGGCUUAUCAGGUUCCCCCUGCAGAGUUGGAGCAUUUGCUUCAGUCACACCCAGACAUCCUUGAUGCAGCUGUGGUUCCGUUCCCUGAUGAAGAAGCUGGCCAGGUGCCCAUGGCCUAUGUUGUGAGGCAACCAUUAAGCACUAUUGAUGAAAGUCAAAUCAUUGAUUUCGUUUCUAAACAGGUUGCCCCAUAUAAGAUGGUAAGGCGAGUGUCUUUUGUUACUUCUAUACCCAAGAAUGCUGCAGGUAAAAUAUUGAGGAAGGAGUUGAUGAAGUUGACACUCCCAAAGCCAACUUCUAAAUUAUAAGUUGUUAACAUUUGCAUCUUCUACCAGAGAUGUUUUACAGCCUGAAAGGGCUAUUGAUAAGAGAUGAGUGUUCUUGUCCUUGUUCCCAUCCUAGAGAUCCGUUGACAGUGCAUAUCACCUCUUCACUUCAUCAGUUGAGUUACUAUCAUAAAAGGUGAUAAAGAACCAAUAUGUACGCAGACAUGGUCUGCAUGUCCUUUUAUUCUUGAUUGUCUCAUUAAGCUUCAAAAAGAGAAAAAGAAUAGCUUCAUUGCUUUAGUUUCUUC